UGAUAACAUAAUGUAUACAACGAUAACAUGAUGCAAUGUACAAGAGGAGGACCUGUUUGAUCUGCACACACGCAGGCAGAUGUUCACUGAACACGUGACUAUAUGUAAGAAAACUCACUAAACAUCCCUCACUUUCUCGGGCUAGGUCACUGUGAUCUAUUUGACAUACUCUCGGAUUUUUCUGAAUUACUGUAGCUGUUCCAGACAUCACUGAUCAAGAUGAGCUCUCCACAAAAAGCCACUACUGAACCUCAUGUGAUCAAAGAGGAGCUGAUAGCAAGUGGAAAGUGGGUGAAGCUUGAGAAGACCACAUAUGUGGAUCCCUCUGGAAGCACCAGAACAUGGGAAACCGCAAAGAGAACAACCCGAGUCGCCGACAGUGCAGCUGAUGGUGUGGGAAUCAUAGCCCUUCUGAAGCGGACCCUACAUAAAGACUGUGUCGUCAUGGUGAAGCAGUUUCGACCACCCUUGGGAUGCAACGUGCUGGAGUUUCCUGCAGGCCUGAUAGAUGACAAUGAGAAUGCUGAAAUGGCUGCUUUGAGAGAACUAAAGGAGGAAACGGGUUACAAAGGGGAGGUAGUGGGCAUCACCCCAGUCACAUGUUUAGACCCGGGCUUGUCUAACUGCACCACACAGAUCGUGAUGGUACAUAUUAAUGGAGAUGACAUUGAAAAUAUAAACCCCACUCAGCAGCUGGGUGAUGGAGAAUUUGUGGAGGUUAUUCUUCUACCUCUGGAUGAAUUUCAGCAAAAAAUCGAUGAUUUACUGCAAAAAGAGAAAAUCAUUGUAGACUCCAAGGUGUACAUCUAUGCUAUGGGGAUGUCGCAGGCCUUCUUUAAGCCCAGAGAGUUGCCUGUGCUGAAGCAGUGAGACUGACUGCACAGAUCUCUCCUCUGGAUCACACUACAGGCCGACAGCAGGCUCAGAUACGGUUGUGAGCUCAUCAGUACUUGACCAUGGCCUUAGAGUUUUACCACGAUUGCCUGAACAUUCCUAAUAUACUAACAGUACUUAAUUAACAGGUAUUCAGUGUUUGCACUGUUUUACGAUUUCAGAUUAAAUAGGAUUCACCAAAUUGAACUAAAAGUUCUGGCAGCUAGAACUGAGUUUUUUCAGUACACCCUGUAAUCACAAAAGAAAACCACAAAACAAAAGAAUAAAGUUAUAUUCAUAGGUCAUGCAGUAAGUGUCAUAGAAAGACUCCUUAAGGUACUAUCAUAUUCAGAUCUUGGCAUAAAUCUCAAAAUCCUAAAAUUGUGUUUUUGAUUUACUGUAUUUAUGUUUUCAUAUAAUGUCAGUAGCAUUAAAUAUUGUUUAUGCAAUUGUCUACAGGGCUGUAUUGAUUGUAAAUCAUUCUAAAACAUUACAGUUUGUACUGGAAGAUGCAUAUGAAAUGCUGUGUACAUUAAUAACUAUUAAAUUUUAUCUAAUAAAUUUUCCAGUUUAGAUUUUGCA